UUGCCUUUACCCUGACAGAUGCGGGCGGGUGGUGUGUGCCUGUCACGGGGUUUGUCAGCUGUCGGGUGAAGCAGGAAGCGGGAAGAUGGCGGCGGGGUUCACAGAGCUGCUGAUCGGAUGGUGUAUCUUCGGGGUGAUCUUGCUGGCUAUUUUGGCUUUUUGCUGGAUUUAUGUUCGAAAGUAUCAAAGUCGUCGAGAGAGUGAAGUGAUUUCAACUAUUACAGCAAUAUGUUCACUUGCUAUUGCUCUGAUCACCUCUGCUCUGCUGCCUGUGGACAUUUUCCUUGUCUCUUUUAUGAAGAAUCAAAAUGGCACAUUUAAGGAAUGGGCUGAAAAUAAUUCCUCGCGGUUUCAGAUUGAAAAUACGGUCUUAAUAGGAUAUUACACAUUAUAUUCAAUGAUUCUGUUCUGUGUGUUUUUGUGGAUCCCCUUUGUUUAUUUUUACUAUGAGGAAAAAGAUGAAGAGAACCAAAGGAACUGCUCACCAAUAAACAGUGCUCUCAAGUAUACAUGUGGAUUCGUAUUAGUGUGUGCAUGUCUCCUCCUGGUUGGAGCAUUUGUUCCACUGGAGAUUCCUACAAGCAAAAAUAUCACUGAGUUUGAAAAAAUCAAGAUAUUAUUUCAAGAACUUGGUAGCAGUCAUGGUUUGGAUGCCUUGUCAUUUUCCAUUAGUUCCUUGACCUUGAUAGGAAUGUUGGCAGCGAUCACCUACACAGCUUAUGGGAUGUCCGCCCUUCCUUUAAACUUAAUUAAAGGUACAAGAAAUGUACAUUAUGAACGUCUGGAAAACACUGAGGAUAUUGAAGAGGUGAAACAGCAAAUUGAAAGAAUUAAAUCAAAGUGCAAGGAUGGCAGACCAUUAUCAAGCAAAGAUACACAAAGUUUGUACAAACUUGAAGAAAAAGAAAAAACCCUAGAAAGGAGAGAGAGACAUUUGGUGUAUCAUGAAAAGAGUUGCUGGGAAAAAUGUUGUACUGUCAUGCGACCAGUUAAGAUUAUUUGGGGUAUAUUCUUUAUUCUUGUGGCUCUUCUGAUGAUAAUUUCACUUUUCCUUUCUAAUCUUGAUAAAGCUCUUCACUCUGCCGGCAUUGAGUCAGGAUUUAUAAUCUUUGGUACAAGCAUAACAAAUCCAUUGAAUCUACUUCUCCCAGUUCUGCAGAGGGUUUUCCCACUAGACUAUGUGUUGAUCACAGUCAUUAUCAUGUACUUUGUCUUUACUUCUAUGGCUGGCAUCCGACAUAUGGGAGUAUGGUUCUUUUGGAUAAGGCUGUACAAGAUAAGAAGAGGACAAACAAGACCUCAAGCUCUUCUGUUCCUCUGUAUGAUCCUCUUGUUGAUUGUUCUGCACACAAACUACAUGAUUUACAGCUUGGCACCUCAAUACGUUAUGUAUGGAAGCCAGAAAUAUCCAGUACAGAGCAACAGCAGUCUAGAUGUCAAUAUUGGAAAUUCGACAAUUUUCCAUUCUGCAGAUUGCAAUGCCAAUGCCCCUGAAGAUCAAUGUACAAUAACUCGAACGUACCUGUUUCUGCACAAGUUUUGGUUCUUCAGUACUGUCUAUUACUUUGGAAACUGGAUAUUCAUUGGGGUUUUCAUUAUUGGACUGAUUGUUUCAUGUUGCAAAGGAAAGAAAUCUGUUAUUGAAGGAGAAGUGGAGGAUGAUGACUCAGACCUAAGUGAUGAUGAUCUCCCAUAGGCAUAGAUCUAAAAUGUGCAUUCAUCUCUUAAAAUAAGAUUUUACAAUGAGGUUAAAUAGCAAAAGAUGUAAUAUUCAUUUAUGGUUGUGUUCUGUUACCAAGAUAAAUUAAUUGUCAUGUAAAUAUACUUUAAGUGAUUUGAAAAAAAAAAUGAUUAUAAUUAUUAUAUGUAACAAUAAAAAUGUUGAAGAUCUAUACUAUAGCGCACUGAAUUUUUAAACUGACAUUAUUGGAUUAGUGCACUUCAGUGUAAAACAAUGACCACCCCCUCUACCACAUCUAAACGAAUAAAGCAAAUAAAAAUAGUCAUUUACCACUGCCCCAGGUGGCAUACGUCCUAAACCCAACUUGUAACAUGCACUGAUCUGAGGGUAGAGUGUGGUGAUAAUAAAUGAAAGCAGGUCUGUUUACCUCAGUACAUGCAAGUAUCACACUGUGUGCAUUCUCUGAGCAUCUUCGUAAUCUGUAACGGAAGAAAUGAGCAAUGAAGAUUACAGUCUGAUUAGUCAGGGAAGAGGUAAGCAGUAUUUCUUUAAAAUAGAGGUUUCGAUUUUUUUUCUUUUACAAAUGUGUUCUUGCUCCUGGCAUGGGGUUGUCAUUCUAAGAUUUAUACUUGCCUUAUCCUUUAAACUAUGUUAUAAAUAAUACUGAAACUGUACAUUAUCUUUCUUAUUGCAACUCUUGAAGGUUUGCUCCAAAAGCUUUUUGUGAUAUUUUUACUUUAAAGGGAGAUUUAGUAUACUUUCACAGACUUUCUUGUACUUCAAACACCUUUUCAGAUGUUUGUUUUUCUUUUUCGAGUGACCUUUGCUAUUUCUUACGUUGUUCAUUUUAUACUAUCUGUGCAUUGGGGCUCUUGCUAUUGGGAUAUUGCUCCUUUGCUCAUGUCAUAUCUAGCUCACUAACAAUCCAUAGAUAUCAGCUGUGAGAACUCUGUGUGAAAAUAAUCUUUAACGUCAAAAGAAUUAAGUCCAUGAAGUCUGCCUAAAUACAGUAACAUCACCCUUCAUUUUCCAAUUAGCUAGAAAAUAAAUACCAAAAUGCGUGCCUAACAGCACAGCCAAAAAAAAAAAAAAUGUGGCCAAUUGGAAAAGGAGUGGCAAAGUAAUAGUAUCUCAAGCUAGAGAGUUGACAUGAGUAAGAGCUUAAAAAAGGCCCUAUGCACAGGUAUUAAUAGAUGGGAUAACACAAGGUACAGCUUAGGAUUUCUUUACUUUAUUUCUGCUGUUUU